AUGGGUCUAGGAGGUACUAUAGCUAAAGAAAUUGGUGAUCUUUCUUCCUUGAGAUCCUUGGUUAUUAGCAAUAAUAAUUUUCAUUGUAUUGUCCCUGAUGAAAUGGGUAAUUUAAGCCAACUUCGAGAAAUAGAGAUGCAGUACAAUGAGUUAACUGGUUCUAUUCCAUCAAGUUUUGGAUUUCUCAAAAAUCUACACAAGUUAAAUGUCUACAAUAACAGGCUCAGUGGGAAUAUUCCUAACAGGAUUUUCAACAUCUCUUCUUUGAUAGAAAUUGAUUUUGCAAACAAUAGUCUCUCGGAAAGUCUUCCGAUGGAUAUCUGCUAUAGUCUUCCAAAGCUAGAGAUGCUAACAAUUUCAAUGAAUCAAAUAAGUGGCAACAUUCCUCCAAGCAAUAUUCCAAAUGAAAUUGGAAACCUAUCAACACUUGCAGUAUUACAUUUGGGUUUCAAUGGCCUCAACGGUACGUACAUCUACCACUUAGUCAGUGCAAUCCCCAAGUCAAUGGAGAAACUUAAGGACCUUGUACAUUUUAAUGUUUCAUUCAAUGAACUCAGUGGUGAAAUUCCAAAUGGAGGGCCUUUUAACAACUUAACUGCAGAUUCAUUCACAGGCAAUAGUGAAGUGUGUGGAGCAUCUCAAUACAAGGUGCCAUGUUGCAAAAGCAAUACAACUCCAUCAUCAAGAACAAUCACUGCUUUGAAAUUUAUUUUACCAUUAAUUGCUUUGGUGGCAUAUCCGUCCAUUAUAAUCAUUUGUUUGAUGAGACGUCAUACUAGAAAUUCAUUUCUUCCAACUCGGUGUAGUUCCUCCAUUGCCUUCAAUGUCAAGAGGAUUCCAUAUUAUGAAGUUCUUAAUGCUACCAAUAAAUUUGGUGAAGAAAAUCUGAUUGGAAGCGGCAGCAUUGGUUCAGUAUACAAGGGAAUAUUUUCCAAUGGAAUGAUUGCUGCUAUUAAGGUUUUCAAUUUAGAUUUAGAAGGUGCAAAAAAGAGUUUUGAUAAUGAGUGUCAAAUAUUGUGCAAUAUCCAUCACAGAAAUCUUCUCUUGGUAAUCAGCAGUUGUUCUAAUCUUGAUCUCAAAGCCUUGGUGUUAGAAUAUAUGCCUAAUGGGAACCUUAACAAGUGGUUGUCCUCUAGCACCUAUUGCCUAGAUAUAGCUCAAAGAUUGGAAAUAACGAUCGAUGUAGCAUGUGCACUCGAGUACCUACAUCAUGCGUAUCCCUCUCCAAUUGUGCAUUGUGAUCUGAAGCCCAGCAACAUACUUUUAGAUGAAGAUAUGGUUGCACAUGUUGGAGACUUUGGCAUUUCCAAGCUUUUAAAACCAAGCUCUUCACGGAAGACCAGAGGAUUUCACUGA